GGGGUCUUGGCCGGCCGGAUACAAAUUUUUGACUUCGUAUGGCAAAUUUCAAAAGGUAUCAAGUAGUUUUGGUGCGGAAUGUAGAUACUUCGUGUAAGAAAAAGAUUGUGUAAGGUCGGAAAAAAAUACACAAACAAUAACGCAUGGGCUUCCUGGGCAUUGCGCAACAUUACAGAUUUCUCGGGGCGACAAAAAAAAAACAGUUGCAUUUUAUGACUGGGGCUUGUUUUCGAAUAUUGGGAGCGACGCGAGUGAGCGACGAGAUGCGCUGGGACGAGAACAGAUAUUCGCACCCUCUCCCCACAAAAUUCCCAAUAUUCGAAAACAAAACAUUUCCUAAUAACCCCGAAUGAGAGCAGGCUAGCAGAAACUAGACCUUAUUUUUCAUGAUGAAUUAUUUUAGUAAACGUACAACUACUCGUUUGUAGAACCACUGAAGUUUUUCGUACCAGUACGAAUCGAUAAUCGCGCUCCCCUAUAAAUGAAGAAAACCAAACACAGACCUGAAAAAAAUUAUAUUGCUAGACUUUGUAUCGUGGUCGCUUGAUUUAGGGUGAACGUUUAUGCCGCUUAACCUUUGCAAGUGAAUUGUAAUCAACUGACCAUGUGCUCAGAGAGCACGUCACAACAACAACAAAAAUACCCAGAAUACACUGGAACAAUCCCUGGUGUAUUCCAAAGACGUGGGUAGCCUGUGGAAAGAACUCCAAGAUGGCGGCUAAACAUUGUAUGUUGUAUUACCGUCUUUACAAAGUGAAAAUACACACGAAGUCUUCUGUUGAUAGAAAAGGCAAAUAGAUGUGCAAAAGUAGAUGGAAGAGAUAUCCAUCUGCCCAACUGACCGAGAAUUAUCCGAGAAAAGGGAAGAUUCCUUAGCGGAACACGAUGGGCCACAUUUAUCGUAUUCGAAGAGAGAAAGUGAUGAGCUUUUGGAAGAUUUCGAGGAAAUUAUACAUCUAGACGAAGAAUAUAAGGUAACGAAAAGCAAAGGUAUCGAGAACCGCAAAAGCCCAAUCGGCUCCUUCCAGAAUCAAGACAAUUAUUGUCAAGAAGAUGAUGGCGGUGAUGAUCAUAAUGACGACGCUGGCGUCGCUGAUGCACGUGAUGCAGUACAGAGUAAUGUGUUUGAUUUGUUACCCGAGGAAGUUAUACUCGAAAUUUUAAGCUAUAUACCUCUGAAACAGCUGUACACAAGCAUACCAUUUGUUAGCAAACAAUGGUACGCGAAUGCAAAGAAUCCCUUAUUGUGGCAAAAACUCACAUUUGAAGAAACUAAGCAUCUAACAUUGGGAUGCUUUAUGAGUAUUAUAGAAAGUAGAUGCCCAUUGUUGAAAGAACUGAGCUUAAAAUGCCGAAGUGAUCUGUGCAGCUUGGAUUUUCUAACCAUUGCCAAGUCUUCCCCAUUGCUGCAGAAGCUCAGUCUGGCAUUCUGUAGCCAAGGCAAUAUAAGAACAGCAUUACAAAGCUUUACAGAAUUUUGCCCGCAAUUACAUUCCAUAAGCUUAGAAGGCUGUGAUAUAAACCAUGAUUGCAUUCAUACCUUAAAAAACUUGUGCUUGAAGUACUUAAACGUUUCUCACUGCACAAAGCUUGUGGAUGAAAGCUUGAUAGAUUUGUCAAAACAACACCCUGGUUUGGUGUCUAUCAAUUUUGAUGGUGUGCAAUGGAUAACAGACAAUGCUGUGCAGGUUAUGGUGGCAAACUGCUGGAGUAGUCUUAAGUAUUUGUGGCUGGAUGGGGCUAACCUUUCGGAUGAUGGUAUAAGAUUGAUAUCAAGGUGCCCUAAAUUGAGCUGCAGAAAUCUCAAAACCCUCGAUCUAUCAUGGUGUUGGGACAUCACUGAUAAAGGGCUGCAGUACAUUAUUCUUAACUGUUCUGAAAUGCGGUACCUAAAUAUCUGUGGCUUACGUGAGGUGACCGGGGUGCCCCUUAGGCAAGUACCGUCCACGAUGCCCCACUUGACAGAGCUUGAUGCUAGACAGUGCAAUAAGAUGAGGGACGAGUUGCUGUAUGAGCUGGUUGUGAAGGUACCCAAGCUUAUAGUUAUAGAUUAUUAUGGUGACUAUGUAGUCCCUGGUAACCCUAAGUGGUAAUACUCAGGAGGAAGGAUUAAGAAAUGAUCCAUCACAGGCACGUACCCGGGAUUGGCGGAGGAGAAGUGCGCAGUCUUAGGUAUCACAUGACAAAAGCACAGUAUUUAAAGAUUCCUUAAUAAGGACCCACUUUUUGGCCGCCAAGGGAAGAGGGGGGGGGGGGGGGGUGGUGCGUACGCAACUGCAUCGUUAUGAAUUAUUAGAAUUGUAGAUACUGGAUGUCUUUAUGCUUUUUCUUUUGCUCUUAACAAUUUAAAAAUUCUUGUUUUUCUUUAGAGUCUAUUUUUUUAUGCAUUUAGUAUUGUGGUGUUGUAAAGUAUAUACAACAAAGAACAUACAAAGUUUAAACAUUGAAUUGAACAGAUUUUAUUUAUAAGGCUUCAGGCUGAAUAAUAACUAUAAAUUGAAAUGUAAUUUAUAGCAAAGUACAAUAGAAUAAAUGAACAGAUCCGAAUGCUA